AUGUCCCAAUAUGCCGCUGAGCUGUGCACGCUCCUGGUUGAGGACCAGUUUGGGGACCUAUUUGGGCGUAUUUUUUUGAAACUGGUGCAGUAUGGGCGCCUUACGCUUCCACAACUUCGAGCAUAUGCGAAGCUUCCCCACAAGCAAACUUUGCAUGCUGUCACAGCAAUGGUCCAGAUGCAUUUGCUAUACCACUACUUGUCCAACGAUGAUGGAGCCACGUAUUACGAAGCCAACAUGCACGCCGCUUAUUAUCUGAUACGAUCAGGGAAGAUACUCAAAGUGGUGGAGCAGAGACUGGGGGAAUAUGCUGCCAAGGUCAUGUCUACAAUUAUGUACUGCGGGCAUGCGCAAGUCGGCUAUUUGGAGGCUCUGCCAGAACUUCGAAUCGACACGGUGCAUAAACCCUCGACGAAUGGCAACGGCGCAAACCACUUGGAGGAGAAUGGUCUAGAGGAGAACGGUUUGGAAGAGAACGGGUUGGGAGAGAACGGUUUGGAAGAGAACGGUUUGGAAGAGAACGGUUUGGAAGAGAAUGGCUUGCUGGAGAACGGCGAAAAUAACGACGACGAACUGCCGCCCUCUACUGAUGGUGCAAAUGUCAAUGGAGACCAUGACACGCACAACGGCCGCUUACACGCAACUUUGAAAUCCUUAGCUGGACAUGGCUAUAUCUGCCGUAUGCGAGAAAGUCAUUUCCAGAGCCUGGCAGACCACAUCUUGGAUGCAGAACGAAUAGCCCAGCAGGCCGUGAAAAAUUCAGACGUAAAAGGCAAAGCCGCGGCAGAAUUAUUAAAGGGCAGAAGGGAGCAAGUCCUCCUUGAACGAACGGACAAUAGCAUAGGCGGCGUCCUUUUAGUCCACGGCAUUCCAAAAGGAAUCAAGAGACCCCAAACCAAUGGCAUUUCUGAAGGUUCCAACAAAAGACGUCGGGUGGAUUCUUCUGACGGACCAGAGGAAGAACCCGAAGACGAGGAGGACUAUGAUGAUGACGAUGACGAACCAAUGGAUGAAAGUAUUGUGCUUAAAGUCAAUUACGAGAAGAUGGAUGUCGUUCUGAGGAACCGCCGACUGGCUGAGAUGGCGGCCGAAGAAGCAUCUCCUGUUACUGUGAAAGUGUUUGAGAACCUUUUACGUCUCAUUGAAUACCAGACUCCCCGUUGCCGAGAAAGCUCUGAGAUUGCUCUGCGAGGGAGUUUGGAACUCCCAAGAGAAGGCGAAGAAAACGACACAAGGGCCGUGGGAUUUAGUCUUCAUAGACUUGCAAAUGAGAUCAGUACCAGUAUCGAUCUCGUUGGCUCUCUCGGACCAAGAGACAACCCGCAAACAAGAGGCAAGAAGAACAAGGCCAAUGCUAUGGUGAAUGGCGAUGAGAAUGAAGAGUUUGAAGAAGGUGAAAACGGCAUAACAGAAACCACCAGGGCUUACGAUCUGGAUCAGCAUCUCAGCGUUUUACAACAGCCCCCACACAGUCUUGCAUAUAAGCGAACCAAUGGAACUAUCCCGGAAUGGACGGUUGAAUUUCGCCGUGUUGCUCGUCAGCUCCGUCACCUCGAGAUUGAGCGCAUUGUGGGAAAUCGGUUUGGUCGCAUUGCCCUUAGACUGAUACGGAUUCUGUUGGAAAAAGGAAAAUUGGAUGAAAAAAGAUUACAAGAGAUCAGUCUUGUUUCACAAAAGGAUCUGCGCCAGGUUCUUGCGCUCAUGCAGGAAACUGGCUUUGUUGAUCUGCAAGAAAUCCCCCGCGACUCGCAGCGAGUGCCACAUAGGACCGUCUUUCUAUGGUGCUUUGACCCUGAUCGGGUAGGUCGUAACCUUCUUCAUGACACAUACAAGGCGAUGUCACGAUGCUUCCAGCGUCUUCAGUUUGAGCGAAAUGUGGUAAAGGACUUUCUCGACAAAACCGAACGCACCGAUGUCAAAGGCAAAGAAGAAGAAUACCUGAAUGAGGGCGAAUUACAAAAGCUGCGACAGUGGCGGGAUAAGGAAGCUUUGAUGCUUGGGGAGAUUGCCCGGCUUGAUGAUAUUGUUGCCGUCCUGAGAGAUUUCUAA